AUGAGGAAAUGGACGGAGAGAGGAAACAACGAAGUCAUUGUCUCCUCUAUAAAUGUCAUUAGCAAAGUGAUUAUUGAAGAACGAGUACAUGAGUUUACUUUUGGUUGGCAAUGGAAAAAACCCCUCGGAGGCUUAAAAAAUUGCUUUGUAAUGGGGGUCUUGAGCUUCUGUUUCCUAGUUUUUUGGGUGUCUCAGGUUGUUUUUGCACAACAAGCUACUGAUCCUAAUGAAGUGGAUGCUCUUAACAGAUUGAUAGAUUACUGGAAUCUGAGAGACAAGUUGAAUAUUACUAAUGACCCUUGCAUCCAGAAUGCAGCCUGGGCUAACAAACAAGCAAACCCUAGAGUUGCUUGUGAUUGCAGCAGCAACACCUGCCAUAUCACUCAUCUGAAGAUUCAUGCUUUGGACAUUUCUGGUGAGUUACCAAGUGAAUUGUUUGUCCUGAAGGAGCUGACGAACUUGGAUUUUGGUAAGAAUGUACUAAAUGGUGCAAUCCCAGCAGAAAUUGAACUGUUAUCAAACAUGCAACGCCUUAAUCUAGGCAUCAACAAUUUCACAGGUGCAGUGCCUCAAGAACUCGGAAAUCUAACCAAGUUGAUUACUCUAGAUUUUGGCUCCAACAAUUUCAUGGGACCACUACCCACAUCCCUUGGAAAGUUGAAGUCCUUGCAGGAGCUGUAUAUUAAUAGCAGUGGAGUCAGCGGACGGAUUCCGCAAGAAUUUGCAAAUCUGAAAUCUCUCCAAACUCUCUGGGCAUCUGAUAACUUGUUCACUGGAAAGCUUCCGGACUUCUUCGGAACUCUGACAAAACUCAGGAACCUGCGGCUUCAAGGGACACUGCUUGAAGGUCCAAUUCCAAGCAGUUUUAGUGCUCUAAAGAAGCUGGGAGACCUGAGAAUCGGUGAUCUUAAUGGUGAAGAUUCUUCUCUUGAGUUCUUGCUAGACCAGAAAAAUUUGACUAUAUUGAUUUUGAGAAACUGUCUACUCUCGGGACAAAUUCCAGACCAACUGGGAAACUUCUCCCAGUUGCAAGAACUGGAUUUGAGUUUCAACAAAUUAACAGGUCAAAUUCCAGACUCAUUUCAAGACUUGGCUUCAUUACAAUAUCUGUAUCUUGGAAGUAACAACUUGAAUGGGCAACUCCCUGCAAAUAUCAUAGGUCCAAAUCUAAUUGCAAUAGAUGUCUCGUUCAAUCCCCUUUCUGGAAGUUUGCCACAAAACUCUAUGAGGGUUGGAUUAUCAAUGAAUGCUGUUGGAACUUCCAUUAAUGCAAACAAUUUACAGGGAAAAGCUUCUGGGAUGUUGCAGUGCCUCAAAGCUGAUUUCAAGUGCAGCAACAAAGUUCCAUCAAAAACAUUUUCUGUCAAAUGUGGGGGUACGGACCAGACAUCUGCAUCUGGGAUAGAAUAUGAGGGUGAUUUUGAAUCAAUGGGAGCUGCUUCACUGUACACAAGCUCAGACAAUCUGUGGGCAGUAAGCAAUACUGGGAAUUUCAUUUCGAACCCAAACGGACCACAAUAUUUAACACAAACGGGUUCUCAAAUCACUGGAACUUUGGACUCUGAGCUAUAUAAGACAGCGAGGAUUUCACCGAGCUCGCUGAGGUACUAUGGCCUUGGUCUAAAGAAUGGAAGAUACAGUGUUGAGCUUCACUUUGCAGAGAUAGGAAUGGAUGACUCUCAUUCUUGGAAAGGCCUCGGAAGGCGCUUAUUCGACAUUUACAUACAGGGAGAAAUAGUCCUUAAGGACUUCAACAUUAAAAACGAAGCUGGUGGAUCCAAAAAAGCGUUGAUUAAAACAUUUGAAGCAAAUGUGACCAACACAAUCAUGGACAUUCACUUCUUCUGGGCUGGAAAAGGCACUUGCUGCAUUCCAUAUCAAGGAACAUAUGGACCUUUAGUAUCAGCCAUUCAUGUUUCUCAAGUAUCUGAUGGUGCUGGCUCUUCCAAGAGGGACAAGAAACGUGUAGGAAAACUUGUUGGGAUAUCAAUGGCAUGUGUGGCUGGGCUUGUGAUCAUCUCUUCUGUAUUUUAUCUAUGGUGGAUAAAAGAGGAUUCAUCUCAGCACAUGAGAAUUUACACUGGUCACCUGGGUAAUGAUUAAUGAGAGAAACUUAAUGACCCCACAACCACAAGGGUUGCUGCAAAAAUGCUAUGCGGCUAAUUACCUUUCCGGUAAACGUUCCUCUGUAAAAUAGCCGACUGUUUUCCAACAAGAAAGAAUUUAUCUCUA